AUGGAUCCCAGGUCGCACCCUUCCCGGCCUCCGUCCACCAGCCUGCCUCAAGGCUCCACGCCUCUUUCCUCGACCCCCAUCUCGAGUAUGCACAUGCCACAAUAUCCGAUGCAGCCUCAGUAUCCCGUGUCGCAGCCUCAUACGCUGCCGCCACUGCAGCCUCACCACCCUCAGUCGCCCGCGCCGCACCCCUACAUGAGCCAGCCGUACCGGCCGGAUCUGUCGCGGUUUCCCGCGUCGACUCACGACGUGUACGGGGCCUCUACGGCCCCAAUCAUGCCGCACACGACUGUCGGUAGCCUUUCAUCGUCUUUGCUUCCUCCUCCUAACCAGACGCAGGCGCACCCGACCCAAUCCUACCCCCCGCCUCCGAGCGUGUUGCCGCCCGCGUCGACCGCGCAGAGUUACCCGCAGCCCAUCGCGCCGGCUCCCCCACGCGACCGUCGAACGGAUUUCAACGGUCUCCCGUCCGGUGCCUUUAGCUACUCCGAUGGCAAGGGUUGGGGCAUGGGCCCGGAGGUGAACGGCGCGAACGGUGGCUCUCCCUACGGAUCCAAGGAACCGCCACGCACGCAGGUCGUCGGUUCUCAGGGCCGUCGUGGGAUCCUGCCGAGUGUUCCGGGACGCGCGACUCCGGUCUCCAACGGUGUCAAUGGCGCCGCGAAGAGUACUACGAUUCCGGCCAAGGACGCCGAUGGCAAAUUCCCCUGCCCGCACUGUAACAAGACGUAUCUUCACGCGAAGCACCUGAAGCGCCAUCUGUUGAGACACACUGGCGACCGUCCGUACAUGUGUGUUCUGUGCAAAGACACCUUCUCCCGCAGUGACAUCUUGAAGCGUCACUUCCAAAAGUGCUCGAUACGACGGGGCAACCCGACUGGGGCGACUCAUUUGUCGCACCCGCAAGCCCAUCUGAAACGGUCCCAAGCGGCUGCGGCGGCAAACCCCGCCAAGCCUCUUCAGGAUGAGGUUAGUAGUCCCGUCCCGUCCCAUGGUGCUAUGAGUACGCAAUUCGGCGAUGGGGCCAGCCGUCCUGGGUUCCCGGAGCAGCAGCAGCAGCAACUGGGGUUCAACAUGUCGGCCAACGGCAUGAACCGUCCCCGUGACGACGCGUUCUCUGCUGGCCAGUCGCAUGCGCGAGCCCCCUGGAUGACUGCACCCCAGCCCAAUCAGUACCUCAUGCCGUCUGGUCCCCAUGCCCAUGGCCAGCAACUGAGUGUUGAUCGUUUUGAACAGGUAAAGCCCCUGGCCCUUCCCGACCAUAAACACCCGGUCAUGCCCGGCCCCCAUUCCAAUCAGCCGGGAGUUGACUGGACCUCGAUGUUUCAGCACGGUCCCUCGGAUGGCUACAUGAACAGUGUGUUCGCCCACUCCAUGGCUGCCGGCCAGGAGCCCAUCCACGCCCCCGUCGAUGCCGACCGGAAGUUCUACCCCGCCACGACCGCCGGCGGCCCCGAGAGCGGUAUGAACGGAUUGUAUCUGGCUUCGACUACGCUGAGCGGUGACGGCACCGUCCAGCCCGCGAGACAGUAG